CAAACUAUAUAAUAAUAUACUCAUACCCCCAAAUACAACUUAUACUCUCACGUCUUAAUAACAAGAAAGAAAAAGGGUUUGAUCUAAACUAUCAUCAUGAUGGGAAAUACAUUUGGUUCAAGCUUGGCGAGUUUAUUCUUCUUGUGGGCAACUAUUCAACAAAUCUUCCCUAACCACCUCAAGAUCGCUAUUAAAGAGUUUCUUCUCUCCACAAUCCAACAACUCUCAUUUUUCCAAAGAUUUUCCGACAGAUUCAUCAACUUCUUCUCUCCUUAUGUCGAAAUCAACUUCUCUCAAUACGAAGAUUAUCAAUUUAACCACGCUUUUGCAGCUAUCGAGACUUACCUUGGGGCGAAAGCAACCGAUAAAGCCAAGCAUCUAAGAGCAAGCCAGGUUAAAGAGAGUAAAGGUUUGGUCUUGAAACGAGACGAGACUAAAGUCCGAGAUGAGUAUGAAGGAGUUACUGUCUGGUGGGAGAUGGAAACCGACUCCACAGGAUAUAGAACGUUAAAGCUCACUUUCCAUAGACGCUCAAGAGAUAUUGUAACCGAUUCUUACAUAAAAUAUGUUGUUGAAGAAGGCAAAUCGAUUGGAGCCAAGAACAAGCAGAUGAAGUUGUUCACAAAUAAUCCGAGUUCUCACUGGGACUCUAGCAAGAAGAGUUUUUGGAGAUAUAUUGAUUUUGAACAUCCCGCGAAUUUUCAGACGCUAGCUAUGGAUCCAAAGAAGAAAGAGGAGAUCUUGAAUGAUCUUGCUGCCUUUAGCAAUGGUAAAGAGUAUUACAAGAAAAUUGGGAAAGCUUGGAAGAGGGGUUACUUGCUACAUGGACCACCAGGGACCGGUAAAUCGACAAUGAUCGCUGCAAUGGCAAAUCAUUUAAACUACAGUAUCUAUGAUCUUGAACUCACAGCUAUAGGGAACAACUCGGAGUUGAGGAAGCUACUCACUGCUACUUCUAGCAAGUCGAUCAUAGUGAUUGAAGAUAUAGAUUGUUCUUUGGAUCUUACGGGUAAGAGAAAGAAAGAGAGAUACUUGAUGACCUCGAGAGAAGAUGGAGAACAAGGUAGCGAAGAAGACAAGAGUUUCGUAACACUCUCGGGGCUUUUGAACUUUAUUGAUGGGAUUUGGUCUGCUUGUGGACAAGAGAGGAUUAUUGUCUUCACGACGAAUCACUUUGCGAAACUUGACCCGGCUUUGAUCAGGAGAGGGAGAAUGGACAUGCAUAUUGAGUUGUCUUACUGUAGUUUCGAGGCGUUCAAGAUUCUCGCCAAGAACUAUCUGGAUCUUGAUUCUCAUCCUCUGUUCAAGAAGAUUGAGUCUUUGAUGAAGGAAACAAAGAUCGCACCAGCUGAUGUAGCUGAGAACUUGAUGAAGAAGAAUCUUGAAAUAGAUGCUGAUGGAUCUCUUAAAGAUCUAAUUCAAGCUCUGGAGAUGAAGAAGAAGAGUCAGGGAGCUCAACUAGAUGAACCAAAGGACAAAUUUAUCAAUAAGUUUUAUAAAGCAUUUCGCAUGUCAUCUAAAGCAUGAUUCAUGGUUAAAUUUUAUAUUUUAAGUUUUUGACUAUCCAUAA